UAAGUACUUCAACGAAAUUCAAUUUUUGGUACUAUAGUAGUAGAUUAUUGUGUCGCUGUUUCAGAAUUUCCUCAAGGACGUAUUGGUCAGCUGCUGACCCAUAAUACAACGAUAUGGUAAAAACAACAGCAAGUCUAGUAGUACUCCGUACAAACAAGCAUAUUCCACCAAGCAUCUACCGCAACGCGCAUAUCCAGCAGUGCCCGAAGCAUGCAAAAGGGUACAUGCAUAGAACUUUCGCACGAGUCAUGCACGAUCAGAACAGCCCGAGACUGCGCCCGUCGCUCGUUACGAUAUGCAUACUUCUCCUGUCUGGGUCUUCUUUUCAAGUACUUCCCUUUCUGUGGCUAAAUUUUCCAUCCCUGAGUUUCGUGUCGACGGUGCUAUCAGCUAAUUGAAAGGAUCUCCGUAUUCAGCUUAAUACACCGCUUUAUGUCUUACUCUCAACCGAAGUCGUUACUUAGUUCUCAGUAGCCGCUGACGAUCUGUCUCUCAUUCCCGAGACAAGCGGCCAAUAGUGAAUGCUUCUGCGCUUAG